AGAACGCUGAUAUCUGAAUAGUCCCGAUGUUAAAUUUAAUAGCAUACUCGAGUAUAUGUUUUCGUCGGUGAGAUUGAGCGUAUAAGUACCUAUCCCCCCGUCACAGUUUUUUAGUCCUCCAUCCACUCGAGCAAUUCUCUCAAUUCAUCACUAUCACUACUCCUACUCCAACCCAACGUCACUCCUUUUUACCUACACACUCCUUUAUACACACUUUUUUUUUUCCCCACUUCUUCCAACACCAACCCCAAAAAUCCAUAAAAAUGGUUUCCAUCAAGUCCCUCGCCAUCAUCCUCUUCGCCGCCGCCGUCACCGCAAUCCCCAUCGCCGGUGGAGAUGGUCAUAGCAACAACAUCAAAUUCGAGGACAAGAGCCAGCGCUGCCCGAAGCAGAACCAGGAGAUGUUCUGCUGCAACGAUGCCAGCGACGCCAAGGCUGUUGGUUCCCACACUGGUGUUUUAGACGGAACGGCCGUCAAGUGUAACACUGUUCCCGUCAAUGUGCUUGCCGGUGAGCAAUAUUUCUCCCUUUUUAAUACGAGAAUCCAGCGUGGCUGAUUGGUUGGGUAGUGGAUGUCGUCUCCGGAGCCAGCCAGUGCAAUGCUAAGAGUGCUUGCUGCACCAGCGAACAGAGCCAGGUUUGUUUUCCCUCUCCUACACCGGAGAUUAACAGUCGCUAACUGGUAUUCUGCAGAAUGGUGUCGUCAACAUCGCUGCUGGAUGUGUUGCUUUUGCUGGCAACUAAGGAGGAUUCGAAAGUGUGAAUGGGUGACGAAUGGGUGACGAAUGAGAGCGGGGGGGGGGGGGCUCCGGGAAGGAUAUAGAUCCUAUCAUUUAGCUUAAUAAAUAAUAGCUUAAUACAUAAUAUCGUGCGGAGCCUUCCUCAAUAGGUCUCAAGGCCUAUUCCUCGUGUAAUCACUACCACAAAAUACACAGCAGUGUAAACCGUAAAGCGAGUGACUCUCUAUGACCGUUACCAAAUAGAGUUCCUAUCAUACACGUGAUCUACAGCUAGGCACGAUAAGCUCAGCUCUCCAACCCCUCCCCCCUACCCUCCCCAAUGACUCAGCCCUACACAACUAGGAUACCAACUCCACCGACAGGCACUUCCGGGGGAUGAGGAAGAAAACCACAACCAUGUCACUCCUCAAUCUCCCAAACGAGAUAAUCCUACAAAUCGCUCGAGACCAAACAAUCCGCGACCUGCGCUCCUUCCUGAUAACCAACCGCCGCUUCGCACGCCUUCUCAACGAAUCCCUCGUCGAUGCCGUCUUCCGCGACCGCUCCGCCAUCCACGGCAAACGUCUACUCCUCCAUACGGCGAGAACCGGGAACGUUGCCGCCAUCUCGAAGCUCUUGGAUAGGGAAAUCCUUCGAUUCACCGGCGACGAUGCCCUCCUCAACAACGCGGUGGUGACCGAGCCGGGCUUUGCGGUGCGCACUCUCAUAGAAGCGGGGAUAAACGUCAACUCGAAGGAGGAGAAGACCGGCGACACGCCACUGAUGCGCGCGAUAUGGAAUGGAAACGAGAACAUGGUGCGCAUGCUCCUAGAGUACCGCGAUGUCGACGUCAAUUGCUGGAACGACAACCGGGAAGCCGCCUUCCACCUUGCCUGUGUCCACGGCAGCGAGGGCAUGGUCAAGGCGUUCUUAGAGAGGGAGGAACUCGAGGUUAAUGUCGAGAAUAAGUUCUCCUGGAGACCAAUUCACGUGGUUGUUGGCAGGGGUCAGGUUGGGAUGGUCAAGGCGCUCCUGGCCGAUCCCAGGCUUGAAAUCAACGUGCUCGGUCACGAUCGCUGGACACCGCUGCACUGUGCCGUGCGUCGGGGGGUUGAUGAGAUAGUUAGGCUCUUGCUGGAGGACGGCAGGCUCGACAUUAACGCUACGUGCGCUCCGAGAGGUAACGAUGCUCUCGCUCUCGCUAUAUACGAAGGCCAUGCGAGCAUUGUGGAGAUGCUGCUAGAUGAUAAGAGGACUGAAGCGAAACUUUCUGCCAAGGUGGAGGAGUGGAAUAUUGGCACGGGUCGGAAGGUCGAACGUGUGCUUCAGAGCCGUGGCCUGCUCGGACCAAAGCGCAGGAAAGCUUCCCCAAAACCCAUGGAAGAAUCGUCAGUGUCAGAGGGGAAACGGCUGAAGUCUGGAGAAGAACCGAUGCCCUCGGGAGAGCCUCAGGAUCCAGGCUCAUAAGUGUCUUUUUUUUCCUCUUUUUUUUUUGUUCGCAUCCGAUUCGCGAUUUAGAACGGUUGCCGCUGUAUCUAAAUUUUGGGGGGACAAUGCAUUAUCUUAGGGGUUUGAUCCAGCACCUUAUCUCACCAACGGAUACCAAACCCCGGGGGUUGCAGACAAUGAGUCGUUAGAGCUCCAUCGUAUCGAGAAUGGAUGAAUCGUGCCUUCGCGGUGCGGAUCUUAAACUUAAGACUCAUGUGCUGCGGGCGUGCUCUAUCGUGCCUGCGAUUAUCUCGGGGAGGAGGCUAUCUGUCAUUUAAGAGAAAAAAAAAACCAAGCCCUGAGCUGCGAGAAUGAGUAGAAGGAGGCCUAUCUCCGUCCGAAGAAUGAAAAAACAGAGCCUGCCCAGCCACGCAUCUCGCCUCUUGAACCUAGGCUCUUUCUCUCCCGAGAUCAUUUGCGGGACGUACAUGUUAAUCUCAGGGGAGCGCAGGAGUCCACGAAAAUGGAGAGGGAAGAUGGCAUGUAAUACCAUCCAUCGCAGUGCCGGAUCGGAGAGCGCAUGUUCAGCCCACGAUUCCCGGUCCGACGUCUGGGCUGCUAGCCACCGUAUGUUGAAACCGCAGUGUCUAGUAUAUUCUCUGCCCAACGACAGAAAAACGUUGCGAAUAUUAGCCAGGAACGGUGUAACUUUGCUCACUCACUAAUGACAUCGGCUGUGUUUUGUCAGUGCGAACUUUGGGUAUGCUCUACCGCACUCAAGUGGGCCCAUUUAGCAAACUCCCUCGCGACAACUUGAAAAAUUCUCAGAUUUGCGAGUGACUUUCUAUGAUCUUUAGUUACUACUCCUCCUGUGAGUCUGUGGAUAUAUACUCGAGUAUAUUGAUUGAUGAUCAUGGUGUCCAGGCGCCAUGGUAUUUACACUCUCCCCAAGU